AUGAUCGCGUUAUAUGUUUUAGUGGCACAGUUAUUUGCUCUUGCUAGUUGUGGCGAGCCUAUCUACUUUGAGGAGCGGUUCCUGGAUGAGUCACUGAAGGGUUGGACGACUUCAGAAGAGAACAAGGACACUUUGGGCAAAUUCACCUACGCAUCACCUAAAAGCGUUAAUGAUCCGAAGGAAGAUUUUGGACUUAAAACUUCACAGGAUGCUAAAUUCUACCACAUGUCGUCGAUGCUCAAGACGCCACUGGACACCAAGGGCAAAGAUCUUUGUGUCCAAUUCUCUGUUAAGCACGAACAAGAUAUCGACUGUGGUGGUGGUUACGUAAAGCUCCUCGGUAAGGACUUCGUCCCUGAGAAGUUUAACGGGGACACCAACUACGAAAUCAUGUUCGGGCCUGACAUUUGCGGCUAUGGCACGAAAAAGGUGCACCUCAUCUUCUCCUACAAGGGCAAGAAUCACCUUAUUAAGAAGGAGGUCCCUUGCAAGUCGGACACACUGUCUCACCUCUACACGCUUAUUGUCAAACCCGACAAUACUUAUGAAAUCUUGAUCGAUCAAGAAAGUGCUGCUAAAGGUUCACUCACAGAGGAUUGGGAUAUGUUGCCACCCAAGAAGAUUAACGACCCAAAUGUUUCUAAACCAUCUGAUUGGGUUGAUGAAGAGCAAAUGGACGAUCCCGAGGACAAAAAACCCGAGGACUGGGACAAACCGAAAACUAUCCCUGACCCAGAUGCUAAGAAGCCUGAUGAUUGGGACGAUCUCACUGAUGGCGAGUGGACCGCGCCUCUUAUUGACAACCCCGAAUACAAGGGAGAAUGGUCCCCUAAAAAGAUCCCGAAUCCUGCCUACAAGGGUGAAUGGGUACAUCCACAGAUUGACAAUCCAGAAUAUCACGACGAUCCUGAACUCUAUGCCAGACACAUUACGGCUGUAGGCCUUGAUUUAUGGCAAGUAAAGUCGGGCACAAUCUUUGAUAACUUUAUCAUCGCCACUGAUGUCGAGGCUUGCAAUAAGCAUGCACAGUACUGGAAGAAACGGUUUGAAUUUGAGAAGGAGGAGAAGGCAAAGGCCGAUGAAGAGGCCAAGAAAAAGGCUAAGGAAUCGGCACCUGAGUCCAUGCCCGAGGAUAUGGAUGAAGCAAAAGAAGAUGAACAUGAGACUGAGGAGAAAGAGAAAAAGCCAGAAGCGACCCCAGAAGAACCGCCCAAGAAACACGUCGAAUUGUAA